AUGACGUCCGACAUCUAUGACUCGGACGACGCCAUGGGGCGGUCCCCGCCGCCCAAGCCGGCCAAACCCAAGUACGGGCUGGACGAGCCUCCUCCACCCUUCGUGAACGUGAACGAUGAGAACGACGCCAACUCCACAGUCAAGGACCCGAAGGGAACGCUCGACCGUUCCCGGCCAGAUUGUCCGGAGGUCGCGGCGGAUGUUCGUGAAUCUCCGUACUCGGACUGGUCGCACAAGCAGGAUCGGUUGCCUAAGGAUUGGAAAAUCGCUCCUCUUUCAUCAGGGACAGAGGAGGGACCCGGUGAGAAAGAGGGGAUUAAUAUUGGAGGAUGGGAUAAAGCAGGAGUAGAAGGAGGAGGAGGAGGCAGUGGGAGCGAUAUGGAUGUGGACAAAACAGAAAAAACGCCAAUUCCAACGCCAGCACCAAUACUAGAGCCUGCCCCCAUCUUGAAACCAAUCCCUGGACUGGGAUCUGCCGCCGAGGAUGAGGCCAAAUUCAAGUCGGUGGUGGAGCAGGGAGUACCACAAUUACAAGUCAACAAGAAAAAAGAUCGCCUCACAUCGUUAUCACCACACCUCAAACCACUGCCCCCAGUGCUCCCCCCGCCUGCGCCGCCAUCCGAUUUCAAGAGUGAGUUUGUCUCACCGCGACAGCGACCACGCCUACAGUCUAUUACGGAAUUCCCUCCUGUACGGCCCUCGCCAGACCUGCUCAAACGACCACCCGAGCUAGGUCAUCGUGUCUCAUUGCCGUCGCUUCAAUCUCUCUCUCCUCCAUCCUCCACGACCGGCACAUCUCCCGACUCGGCCAGCUAUAACCUCAAUACCAAAACCCUCCCGUCCAUCCAAUCCGCCCUCGGUGGGUUUUCACCCAGCGAGUUUCCUUCCACUCGACCCAAUGCGCUACCUCCACCAUAUCCAUACUCGUCCUGUCCGGGGUCCGCGACCUCGACAGAUUCUCCGCAUGAUCGUCAACUCCCGCGACAAUUCUUGCCCUCGCAUAUCCCUCCCAGUCCUUUUUCACAUCUCUCUCCUAUCAGCGCCAAGGAGCACUCCAACAAUCCUUCUCCCGCAUCACAACCCUCUUCUGCAUUUUGGCGCGGCCCUCCUCCACCACCACCACCUCCUCCCCAGCCAGUGGCCGACACCCCGCACCACGCACCGUCACCCUACGACACGUCCCCCAUGUCUACCACAAGCCCUCUCACAAGUUAUCCCACACCGACAGAGCCGGUUGCUCCUACACCAGAGUCUAGCGCCGACCGGACCCCGUUGAGUUCGAAUGCGGCCUUGCAUGGGGCCGGAGCGACGGGCAGCUAUAAAUGCACGCAUACUGGGUGUACGGCAGCACCGUUCCAGACUCAGUAUUUGCUCAACUCUCAUGCAAAUGUGCACUCGCAAGACCGGCCUCAUUUCUGUCCUGUGGAUGGGUGUCCACGUGGGUUGGGUGGGAAAGGGUUCAAGCGCAAGAAUGAAAUGAUGCGGCAUGGCCUGGUGCAUAACUCGCCAGGCUAUGUAUGUCCCUUCUGUCCUGAUCAGCAGCAUAAAUAUCCUCGGCCAGACAAUCUUCAACGACAUGUCCGCGUCCACCACGUUGAUAAAAGUAAAGACGAUCCUAUCCUCCGUCAAGUUCUCGCACAGCGCCCAAUUGGGAGUACACGAGGGCGACGACGAAGGUCGAAUUUCGCUUAA